AUUUUUAGAGAAAAACUAGAAUCUGUGGGUGGGGGAAAUAGUAACCGUGUGACUACCUUUAUGCUGGUGAAGGCUUUGGUUUUCACAGCACGGAAGGAGAUAGUGUUAUCGGCUCUCUUCGUGCUUCUUUACGCUUUGGCGUCUUAUGUUGGCCCGUACCUCAUUGAUACCUUAGUUCAGUAUCUGAAUGGAAAACGAGACUUUGAUAAUGAAGGUUAUGUCUUAGUGGCUGCAUUCUUCGUUGCAAAGUUGGUAGAGUGUUUGGCGCAAAGGCAUUGGUUUUUCAAGGUGCAGCAGGGAGGGUAUAGGGCACGGGCAGCACUGGUUUCCAAAAUCUACAACAAGGGUUUAACCCUCUCCUGUCAGUCAAAGCAAAGCCACACUAGUGGAGAGAUCAUCAAUUUUAUGACAGUUGAUGCCGAGAGGAUUGGUGACUUCGGUUGGUAUAUGCAUGAUCCUUGGAUGGUAAUCAUACAAGUUGCUCUGGCAUUGAUGAUACUCUAUAAAAAUCUUGGCCUAGCUGCUAUCGCUGCGUUUGUUGCUACAAUAAUAGUGAUGUUGGCAAACAUCCCUUUAGGGAGUUUGCAGGAGAAGUUUCAGGAGAAACUCAUGGAAUCGAAAGAUAGAAGGAUGAAGGCUACAUCUGAAGUCUUAAGGAAUAUGAGAAUACUCAAGCUUCAAGCUUGGGAGAUGAAGUUUCUGUCUAGGAUCUUGGACCUCAGGACUACAGAGGCAGGAUGGUUGAUGAAAUAUGUGUACACAUCAGCUAUGACUACUUUUGUCUUCUGGGUUGCUCCUACAUUUGUUUCUGUGACGACCUUUGGCGCUGCAAUGCUUAUGGGAAUCCCACUUGAAUCUGGGAAGAUAUUGUCUGCACUCGCGACAUUUAGAAUUCUUCAAGAGCCCAUCUACAAUCUCCCAGAUACAAUUUCAAUGAUUGCUCAAACCAAAGUUUCUCUUGAUCGUAUUGCAUCUUUCCUUUCUCUUGAUGACUUGCAGCCCGAUGUCAUAGAGAAGCUUCCAAAAGGUAGUUCUGAUGAAGCAAUUGAGAUUGUAGGUGGGAACUUCGCUUGGGAUGCAUCCAUAUCGACUCCACUUCUAAAGGAUGUAAAUCUUAGAGUGCUUAAUGGCAUGAGAGUUGCCAUU